GCGCCGCGCACUCUCGUCGGAUGCACAGAGAAAUGUGGUCCUUGACCGCCACAGUGCCUCGGCAGGCUGACAUGGCGUUCAGGCUUCAAGAUUAGCGAUAUUCACAACCCUCAACACGUAAUUUAAAUCUGUGUUGGUGAACGUGACAACCAUAGAAGAGGAGAAAGAUGUUGUUAAUGCACCACAUCGUCACACGUGGCACACUGCGAAGGGUGGCAGUGGGUUGCCGAUUCCUGCGAGGUGUUGCUCUCCAUGAGCCAUCACAGUCAUUUUGCAGGUGUGCCCUACGCCUGCCCCGUCCACACCCUGCGAGCUGGCACUGGUUCUCAACGUCCUCGUCCAGCGUAGCGGCCCAUCAGCCCAAACACCAGCCACCAGAGGGAGAAUUGUCCAUUUCUUCACCUCAGACACCGUCAGUUCAGCAAGACAAAGAUGUGGAAGAGAUGGACCCUUUGCAGGACAAGUCCAUCGGGCUUGUUCAGAGAUUCAAGAAGACCUUCAAACAGUACGGGAAGGUGAUGAUACCUGUGCAUCUCCUCACAUCCUCAUUAUGGUUUGGAACCUUCUACUAUGCUGCUAUGAAAGGUGUAAAUGUGGUACAAUUCCUGGAGAUGAUCGGUGUGCCAGAAUCACUUGUUGGACUAUUGAGAGAAUCAUCUAGUGGUUACGCUCUGACUGCUUAUGCCAUGUACAAGAUCGCCACUCCUGCCCGAUAUGCAGUGACCCUGGGCGGCACUUCCCUGUCUGUGCAGUACCUCCGAAAGCACGGCUAUUUAUCCACGCCGCCACCCGUCAAAGAGUACUUCCAGGACAAGAUGGAGGAGACAAAGGAGAAAUUGUCUGAAAAAAUGGAGGAAACUAAGGGGAGGUUUUCAGAGAAAAUGGAAGAAACAAAAGAACGCUUCUCAGAGAAAAUGGAAGAGACGAAGGACAAGCUGUCUGAGAAGCUCCAGGAAACCAAAGACAGAGUAUCAGAAGGGAAAGCAUUUUUUAGGAAGAAAAAUGAUUAGAAAACGUUGCAGGUGGCGCCUCAACAAAUUAUCCAAUUAAGGUCUGAAGUAAUCAGUGAUUUGGGGCCACCUGUGAGACUAGGGGGAGAUGAGCGAGAUGCAGUUGUCCUAAAAAUGUCACCUCUCACAGCGUGCUCUUUCUAUGACGUCGACAUAAUAGUCAAAUCAGUGUGUUCCGCACGGUCCAGUACAAUAUAAGUGUAGACCAGACAGCAGCCCUGCAACCCGUGGCAUGGCUUCCUUCUGACGCUCCCCACCUCCGUCUGCGUUUACAGCGGCUCAAGCGAUCGGAGCUUGAACUCUUUGCAAUAAUGUGGAAGACGUUAAUAAAGACAUGACAUGAAAAUCCUGGUUGUUGUCAAGCGCAAGCUUGAAGCUAAUGGUUAGCGCAGCAUGGACAAGACCCUCAAAGCCUUUCUGAAGGCUCGAUAUCACCUUGUGUCUUUUGUAAUGCAGUGAGGAAAAUAGUUUUUCUAGUAUGGAAUAAUGUCUUAGCCAAAGCUAAUUUAUGACAAUGAAUUGUUCACAAUGUAAAUAUUCAGCUGCACAGCUACAACGGAGGAAAAAAAGCUUAAUUUGAGCUCCAAAAAUUAAUAAAGUUAUGUGACCCACCAGAA